AAUCUCAAAUCUAUUCCAAAUAUUGACUUGGCUACCGCUUUUAUGAAGCAACUUGCUUGGAUCACUGUGCUCUUUGCGAGUGUGGUCAUAGGCCUAACGCCAGCUGAAUGGCGUACUCAAUCUAUCUACUUCUUGUUGACUGAUCGAUUUGGUCGGACGGACAAUUCAACUACGGCGGCAUGUGAUGUUUCUGACCGGAUUUACUGCGGAGGUAGCUGGCAAGGCAUCAUCAAUCAUCUGGAUUAUAUCCAAGGCAUGGGAUUUACGGCCAUAUGGAUCACACCAGUGACGGAACAGCUGCAGCAAGACACAGGGGAGGGUGAGGCAUACCACGGCUAUUGGCAGCAGGAAAUAUACAAUGUGAACACGAACUAUGGAACCGCCGCUGAUCUGCUGGCAUUGUCGGAGGCUCUACAUGCUAGAGGAAUGUAUCUUAUGGUAGACGUGGUGGCAAAUCACAUGGGCUAUGAUGGUGCAGGCACAAGUGUAGACUAUAGUGUCUUCAAUCCUUUUGACUCGUCCUCCUACUUCCAUUCCUACUGUCUGAUCAGCAACUACGACAAUCAGACCAAUGUGGAGGAUUGCUGGCUUGGAGAUACUACUGUUUCAUUGCCAGAUCUUGAUACUACCCUGACAUCAGUACAGACCAUCUGGUACGAUUGGGUCGCAGCCUUGGUGUCAAACUAUUCAAUCGACGGGCUGCGCAUCGAUACUGUCAAACAUGUCCAACAAUCAUUUUGGCCUGAUUACAAUGACGCUGCCGGUAUCUACUGCGUGGGCGAGGUCUACGAUGGGGAUCCAGCCUAUACCUGUCCCUACCAGGACUACCUGGAUGGAGUGCUGAACUAUCCAAUCUACUAUCAAUUGCUCUAUGCCUUUGAGGAUUCGAGUGGCAGCAUCAGCGAUUUAUACGAUAUGAUCAAUUCAGUUGCUUCGGACUGUGCCGAUCCUACGCUCCUUGGAAACUUUAUUGAAAACCAUGACAACCCUCGAUUUGCUUACUAUACAUCCGACUAUUCCCAAGCAAAGAAUGUGAUCUCUUUCGUGUUCUUGUCAGAUGGUAUUCCAAUCAUCUACGCAGGUCAGGAACAGCACUAUAGUGGUGGCAGUGAUCCUGACAAUCGCGAGGCCACUUGGCUAUCUGGGUAUUCCACCACCGCAACACUAUAUGAGUUUAUUGCUUCAACAAACGAGAUUCGCAAUCUAGCGAUAUCUGCGGAUUCUACUUACAUUACUACACUAAACGAUGCAUUCUACCAGGAUAGCAAUACUCUCGCUAUGAAGAAGGGAUCGAGUACCUCACCGGUCAUUACUGUUCUUUCAAACAAAGGUUCGAGUGCCAGCUCGUACACUCUGACACUCAGCGGCAGUGGCUAUUCCUCGGGUACCGUGCUCAUGGAGAUGUACACUUGUACCUCCGUGACAGUGGACUCUAGUGGAGAUAUCGCAGUCCCAAUGGCAUCUGGCCUACCUCGUGUGUUCAUGCUGUCUUCUUCUGUCACUGGCAGUGGACUGUGUGGAACUACUGCUUCCACGUCUACCUCCACAUCCACGACUAAGACGACCACGUCGACCACAUCAACGAGUACGACUACCACCAAGGCGUCCACGUCAACCACUACGACUACAUCCACGACAACCACUAGCACUUGCUCUGCAGUCACUGCCGUGCCAGUGCUCUUCGAGGAAGUCGUAACCACCACAUACGGCGAGAAUAUCUACAUCUCUGGUUCCAUCAGUGCGCUUGGAAGUUGGGAUACAGAUGAUGCUAUUGCCUUGUCUGCCGCUGAUUACACAUCCUCCGAUCCAUUGUGGUAUGUCGUCAUAACGCUGCCUGCUGGGACGGUCUUUGAGUAUAAAUAUAUCGAGAAGACGGAUGGAUCGACAUCGAUCAAAUGGGAAAGUGACCCCAACCGGACUUAUACAGUGCCAACCGUCUGCUCAGGCACCACUGCAACGGCCGUAGCGACGUGGAGGUAG